GACAAGAAGCUAAGGAGUGAUGGGUACGGCAGUUCACAGUACUUCUCUCAAAACCCCGCCCACCUCAGUCGUAGCCUAUCAGAGGACAGGCUGCAUGAUGACAAGGCCAGGAAGGACAGAAGACAGAAAAAGAGGUCCAAGCUGCUGGACUGUCUGUCUCAGUCCUGCUUCUCUGCCUGCUGGAGGAGAAAGUCUACAGCGGCAUCGCCAGACGAAGACCUCUUGGCAUAUUCGUUCCGGCCGCCGCCGAGCCCCCCGUUGAACUUUUACGAAGACAUUGAUGACACAUUUAAUGGGGGUGACAUCAUGACUAAUGUCUGUGACCUCACAGUCGCCGAGGACACGGAUUGGUCCAAGCCCCUCCCCCUGCCUACACCAGAGGAGAAGAUGAGGCAGCAGGCGCAGGCCAUCGCCGCUGACAUAGUACCCAUCAACAUCACUGGUGAGGGUUUUGAGCGUCAGGCUAGUUUCCGGCGAGCGUUAGCCAACACAGACACUGUGAUCCGUCAUCCCCGGAACAAACUCACACGCCGCAAGACCAUGGCCGGAAUACCUGAUGACAUCACCAGAGAUCUGGAACAUGAAGCUGAUGAAGAGCCAGGGUGUAGUGAAACAGUGGUUCAGCCUGGUCAGUACUCUACUUUGGGCCAGAUCGGCAUUGUCAACACAGCCCUGCUACAGAGCACUAUCGUACGGCCCUCACACACCCAGUCACACACGCCCUCACAUGCCCCAGAGGACGGUCAGACGGGGGAGGAGAGAAGAGAGGAGGGAAGGUUGGACAAGGAGAGUGUGGUGGACAAUAGAGAGGAGGAGGAAAGGAGAGUGGUGAAGUCAUCAGUGUGUCGGAUCCAGGCCCAGAGAGGACAGGGCAUCUCUUCUCUGAUGGCUUCUCUCACCCCGACCCUCAACCCUGACCCCUCGUUUACUUCUAACCCUCACCCUAGCCUCACUCUCAACCCUAUCCCUUCCCUUAAGAUUCAACCUCACCCUAGCCUCACCCCCUCAUCUUCCAUGGACAGUGUCUCCCUGGCGGGUGAAGAUGGGGGGAAGGGCUUCCACAGCCUCCCUCGUAAGGACACCUUGUCCUCUGUGAGCAGCUGCCUUACCACCCCCUACAGGACACUCUGCGACACUGCACCCUGCUCUAUGAGCCAGAAGGGUUGGAGCUGCAAAUCCCAGAGUCAGAGCACAUUGCUCAGGGAGGACUGGAGCUACGUGCCCCUUCUGACCUCCAGCCAUUCCUCCCCACUCCACCCUCUCUCCUCCAUUUCCUCCCCCUCUCAGACCGACUGCAGCUCUCUCUGCUCCAGGGAUACAGAGACCGCCGGACACUCCCCCUUGCAGUGGCUCAAGUCCCACAGCCACGGCUGCAUUUCUGCCGACUACGCCACCGGCAACAACCGCUGUCCCCACGGUAACCAAGACCAGCACGGUCUCCAUAGCAACAGCUGUAACUUGUCACACAGUAUCUCGCUAAGGAAGUUCAAGAGGCCCCCCGUUCCCCCUACCCGUUCCACAUCGCUAAGGCGUAAACCUGCUCGGGGAAAACCGCUGCGCUAUAACUUCAACAAUCCUGGAGAUAGAGAGGAGGUGGUGGUGACGUUACAGAGGAGUCUCCAGACCCCCAGUCCUGCUCCCGUUUCCCCUCUGGUCUCCCCUGUGGUGUUCGAGGUGUUCGAGGAUCCUUGGGUCCCCCGCUGUCGCAGCUUCAGCAGUCUUAGCAUGGGGGAAAGGGGAGCUGCUGAUACAGCCAGCCAGAUCAACCAGGUCCCUCACUUCCACAGCUUCCAGGACCAGGUCUACCCUCCCAGCUACCGCCUCAAGCAGCCUCACCACUCUGCGCCCCGCUCAGCCAGUACUGGAGGGCUGAGCCGGCCUAUGGGACCUAAAACGGCCGCUUCUUUUCCAAACAUGGCCACCUCUGCAGGGAGACUGCACUGUCUGGCUUCCAACUCCAGCGGAUACUACAGCCAGUGCAACAAUCUAACAUCUUCCUCACCCCAAACCACCUCCUCACCCCUCACUUCCUCCUCCUCACCCCUCACUUCCUCCUCCUCCCUGCCCCUCACCUCCUCCCUUCCCAGGACUUGUUCUACCCCUGGCAGAGGAAGUGCAACAGACUCAGCCCCACCCCUUUUAUACACCUGUUACACCUGCCAGUCAUGUGACAUCAUUGCCAGGAUUCCCUCCCCUCCUUCCCCUGAGCUCUUAGAGGAUUUAGACCUCUCAAUCAACAGUCAUCCUACUCCCCCUCCUCCCCCACCUCCGCCACCUCCGCCACCUCCUCCCCCUUACACCCACACCCCUACACCACCUCCCCCUCUCCAGAGCCUCUCCGGAGUGAGUCCAGGAUGGCCCCCCCGUCCCUUGAUCACAACCCAAGCCCUGCAGAGAGUCACCCUGCGCUCUGUCAAGAGGCCACAAGAGCUAGCCCCACAGGAGCUAACUAGCAUUAUGCUAACAAACCCUACAUCAGCUAAUGUCGAACAGAGCCAAGAUAGCAAUGAUGCUACACUAACUAGCAUGAUGCUAACCAACGCAACCCCAGCUAAUGAUGGCCGGCAGUGCCCAGAGAGCACCGAUGCUAAGCUAACUUGCAUUACGCUAACCAACGCUAUGUCAACUAAUGAUGCCCAGCAGAGCCCAGAGAGCAUUGAUGCUAAGCUAAAUGGCAUCACGCUAACCUGCGCCCUGGAGAGAGUGGAGGGCAUGGAUGCCACACUAACCAGCACUGUGUUAGAGAGUGUGGAGAGGAUCAAUGCUAUUCUUACGGAGGCUGAAGAGAGACAGACCACUGGCGUUCAGAAAAUGGCUGCCAAUUCAUCUGGCACUAUGCUAGCAUAUUUCCAAAAGAGACUUGAAACCAAUGAUGCUAUGCUAAAGGCGGCCCCAAAGACACCGUCAGAGUCUGGCCCUCCUUGCUCCACACCGACCACUACUCAGCAGACUGACAGAACCAGAGAGUCUUUCCCUCCCUGCUCCCCACCGACCACUACUCAGCACACUGACAGAACUAGAGAGUCUGUCCCUCCCUGCUCCACACCGACCACUACUCAGCACACUGACAGAACCAGAGAGUCUUUCCCUCCCUGCUCCACACCGACCACUACUCAGCACACUGACAGAACCAGAGAGUCUGUUGGAACAGAAGACGCCCUCCGUCCCUCAACAACCCCACAGACGCCUAGAACCCCUCAGAAGCCUAGAAUCCCAGAGAACCCUAGAACUCCAGAGGCUAUAAUGAUAGAGAAGCCUAGAACACUGGAGAAGCCCAAAACACUGGAGAAGCUUAGAACACUGGAGAAGCCCAGAACACUGGAGAAGCCUAGAACCCCAGAAAAGCCUAACGUGGUUGUUCUCUCUAGGCCACUGAGAGCAGUGAUUUUAAGUUCUAGCUCUCCUGCUGUGAACAGAGGACCAGCGUUACAGAACGGAGAACACACGCCUCGACAGGAGACCACACCCUGCCUCACCAACGGCCAACUAGAGCACUUAACAGUUACCACCAAGGCCCUGUCCUUCAGAAGCCUGUGUACCAGAGUUACCACCAAGGCCCUGUCCUUCAGAAGCCUGUAUAGCAGAGUUACCACCAUGGCCCUGUCCUUCAGAAGCCUGUGUACCAGAGUUACCACCAAGGCCCUGUCCUUCAGAACCCUGUGUAGCAGAGUUACCACCAAGGCCCUGUCCUUCAGAACCCUGUGUACCAGAGUUACCACCAAGGCCCUGUCCUUCAGAACCCUGUGUACCAGAGUUACCACCAAGGCCCUGUCCUUCAGAACCCUGUGUACCAGAGCCACAGCAGGAGUCCUGUCCACUGGAGAUGGAGACAGAUACAGAGACAAAGCUAGAGAGUGGCUCUGUGCCAUAUACAGAGUUGGGGAGAUCAGAACCUGA